GAACCAAAACCUCUUUAAAUUUUCGAAACACAUACAUGGUCAUCUCUCAAAUAUAUAGAUACGAUAAUAUUUAAUUAGGCCAAUCUUUUUUUGGUUCCCAUAAUAAAGCCUUACCUUGUAAUGUUAUUAAAUAAAAAUUCGUAAAUUUCUACUACUGUUUUUUCCAACUGGGGCGACUUCAAUUAGAGAGCUGGCGACCGACCCAGCGCGAGAGGAACAAGAACUGAAGCGGAGCGAGAGGGGUCUUCUCUUCAGUCUUCUUCAACUGGGAAUUCGUCAUGCGGGCUUUAGCGGCGCAAGUGGCCACUUAUUUGUGCAGAAGGAAACCUGGGCAUCUGCAGAGUAGAUGUUCCUCGUCAUACGGUGGGAAAGAUGAGCUAGCGCUAGAGCAGGAGGCUGAGAGGAAGAUAGGAUGGUUGUUGAAGUUGUUCUUCGCGGGAACGGCCACGUACGUUGGCUAUCAAUUUUUCCCAUACAUGGGAGAUAAUUUGAUACAGCAGUCUGUUUCCCUUCUUCAAGUCAAGGAUCCCUUGUUUAAGAGAAUGGGAGCUUCUAGGUUAUCUCGUUUUGCAAUUGAUGAUGAAAGAAGGAUGAAAAUAGUGGAGAUGGGUGGUGCUCAAGAACUUGUGAACAUGCUAAGCACUGCUAAAGAUGACCGCACAAGGAAGGAAGCUUUGAAAGCUCUUGGUGCUCUUUCAAAUUCAGUCGAAGCUGCGGGAGUACUGCACCAAGCCGGUUUGAUCUCCAUCAUGAGGUCCAUCCCAGAUUCAUUUGAGGAUGCGGAAGCAGAGAAGUAUAGAUCUGGCUUGUUAAAAAGGUUUCAAGAUCUGAGAUGUGAUGAUUCCUCCUAGAACCGGGGUAGUCUAAUUUUGAACCAUCGGUCAUUAACCUUGGAGCAUCUCUCAAUGGAAUCUGUAACGAUCCCUUGGAAAAGCCUCUGUGAUCCUCUAUCUAUCGAUUCGGAGAUUUCAUUGUGGCCUUCUCGUGGAUCGCUAAAAACAGAUGCAGCCUUCUGCCGCAAGAAGGUGAGGCUUGAUGACCCGUCUUUUUUAUGGGGAAGUCCAUUUAUCUAGAUUUCUUGCUUUUGGUUUUGGGCAUGUGGUGGUUCAUCAGUAGAAAUAGAAUAAUGUUGAACUGUAAACUUCGAAGGUUAGAUCUCCUGUUGCGCAACGAGAUUUGGUGUUUACAUGAAGAGGUAAUUUUACGAGUUA